CAGGCUUCCACUCACGUGACGGGGUCAGUUCCUCAUCCCCCCGACCCGGCGCAGAGUGCUCUUGUAGAUCGGACAGGGCGGACCAGUGCUCAGCGGUUGGCAUCGAGCGCUCGGGCGACGUGCGACCGUCAGACGCUGUCAUUGGCGGCGGCAGUGACGACACCAUGCGGGCACCUUGCCAUCCUCUGGACGCCAGGAGGGUCGCAAGCACAAACCCUGCGAGCACGACCACGCCCCCUACCCGUGAUAUAAGUCCUUUGGAGGGCAUUGGAACGGAGUUCGCGGAAGUUGCCGCUCUCACUUGCCCUUUUACGCUUAAUCUGUGUAUACCGGAAGACGAUGGGACGGAGCCUACACGCUUGACGCUCCCAGACGCUCGGUUGGCGCUGGAGCUCUCCCCGAGGGAGGACGCCGCUGCGGAGAUCUCGCGUGAUCCACAGCUGAAGCUCGGCCUGUCGCCAUCGGAGGGGCAGGCUCAGCUGGUCAGUAUUGGGGCCGUCUCGGCGUCCGUCCGGCCCAAGCGGAGAAGCCCGGCACCGGCUGGGGCCACGCCGAGCGAGCCGACUUCACUGAGCGAGCUCGGUCGCCUGGACGUGAACGUCAGCUCGUCGCUGGUGCGACGGCCUCGGUUCCUCGUGCGGCCCGCGCUGAACACCUGCCAACUCAAGUACGCGCUGGACGAGACCGCUUACCGGGCAGAGACGACGCGGCUGGCGCCGCCGGACGGGGGCUGGGGCUGGGUCGUCCUGGCCGGCAGCAUGACCAUCAACAUCCUCAUUCCGGGAUUCAUCAAAUCCUUCGGCGUGCUCUUCGAUGACGUGUGCGCGCAGUUUGACGUCACGCCAGCGACCGCGGCGUGGAUCCCCGCCCUUUCCUUCUUCAUGUACAACUUUAUGGGUCUGGUGGGAGGCGCUCUCUGUCAGAAGUACUCGUGCCGCGUGACCAGCACGCUCGGCGGCCUGCUGGCAUCGGCCGGCCUCCUGGUCAGCUACUGUGCCGACCACAUCUACUAUCUUUACCUGGGGAUGGGUCUGAUGGGCGGCUGCGGCGGCUGUUUCGCCUACUCGUCCGGUGUCUUGGUGGUGGGCAGCUACUUCGAGCGUCGCCGCGGCCUGGCCAACGGACUAUGCGUCUCGGGCAGUGCUCUGGGCGCGAUGAUCUUCCCGCCGGCGCUGGAUCUUCUAUUGGAGCACUCUGGCUUCAGUGACGCCAUGCUGUUGCUGUGCGCCGUACUGCUGCAUGUGGUGCCCUGCGCCGCCCUCUACCAGCCUGUGGAGUGGCACAUGGUGCGCGUGUCGGCGGUGGCCGACGAGGCCUCCCGCGGCUCGGUGCACUCGCUCUGCUACCUGAGCACGGUGCUGCAUGGCAGCUCGCUGGCCGUCUCGCAGAAGGAGGGCUCGCACCAGAUCAUCGAGGCGGCCAUCCGACGGCCGGCCCAGCCACGCCGCCCGCUCAUCGAGCUGACGCUGCUCUGCAACCCCGUCUUCCUGCUGAUCAUCACCUCCAGCGCCCUGUUCCAGGUGUCCGUCUCGAACCUGCUGGUCAUCUUGCCGUCCUACACGACGCACCUGGGCUACAGCCGGCAGCAGGCGUCGCUGCUGCUGUCGGUGUUCGCCGGCAGCGACCUGGCGGGCCGCAUCAGCGGCGCGGCGCUCUCCGACCUGGAGCUGGUGCCGCGCCGCUGCUUCCUGCUGGGCUCGUACCUGCUGAGCGGCGCGGCACUGGCCGCCCUGCCGGCCGCCGCCACCGCCCUCUACGCCGCCGCCGCGCUGGCCGUGGCGCUGGCCGGCCUCGGCACCGGCGUCGUCAUGGGCAUUUACUCGGUGAUGCUGAUCGAGUACCUGGGUCUGGAGCGGCUGGGCUCCACGUACGGGCUGAGCGUGUGCCUGGGCGGGCUGACGCUGCUGGCCGGGCCGCCGCUGGUGGGUCUGCUGCGCCAGGCGGCGGCGAGUCCGCACCUCGUCAUCUACCUGCUGGCGGCGCUGCCCUUCCUGGCCGCCGCUGUCUGGCUGCUCAUGCCGCAGGCGCAGGAACACAUGCGCCGGCGCGAGACGGCUGAGCGCGCCGAGCCGGUGGCCGUGUAACAUCGGCAGGCGGCCGCCGGGCGGGGCUUGGCGAUGGCCGUCGGGACCACGGUCGGCUGCCGUCGUCCAGCAGGCCAUUUGGUUGAUCAACGGAUAUCGAAGAGUGGUUAUGUUAGAUGCCUGACAACCACCCUGCGG